CCAUGGAUGUAUAUGGCGACCUCCAUUCGAUCAAGUAACCGGAAAACCAGUGAGUUUUUCCCCCCUGUUUUCACUGAAUGGAUUAAAAGGACUUUAAAAAAAUAUAACAUGCACCUUGAACUGAUUAUCUGACACAUAUUCGUUUUAAUGACUGCAAUAAAGCAUGCUUUUUUUUUAGUUUAGUUCAAUGAAUGCUCAGGACAUCACCUUUAGGUAAUAAUCUGGUCAUAAUCUGGGAUAAUGGUGCAAAUACCAUUUAGUGGAUUAAUGUUCAUGCACAGACUAGUGAGAAUUUGCACAUCCAGCCAAAGGCAUGUCAGACAAAGGGACAUACUUGUAAAACUGAGAAAAAGUAGAUGCGAGAGAAGAACUUUUUCAACUGGUUCUGUGAAAUUCAAUGAGAAUGAGAAUGAGGACUUGCACUCUUCGGGUCCAAGCUCCCAGCUCACAUCUAGACAAGCACUCCUGGCUCGGAGGAGGAGACCGCUGUCCCCUCUGGAGAGAGUCAGUGAUCUGCUGCCUCAGGAUGCUCUGAGCCCAGAGGUGAUGCAGCUGAGAGAGCAGCAGCAGGAGGGACCAGCUGCUGUAGAUACCCCCACUGCACACUACACACUUGAGCAAAGUGGACAUUCUGAGACAACUGCAGUAGAAGAGAUAACACUCAAAGACAGUGAGACUCCAGAAAUGUGGACAUCAUCAUCAUCAUCAUCAUCUGCCACUCUCCCAGGGGAGAACUUGCUUGUAUUUGGAGAGCUGCUCAUCGCCGAGUAUCGAAGGAAAAGGGACGUGGAGUUCAGAAAAAUGUUCACACUUCAGAAAGGGUCUCGUCUGCACAGCAGCUGGGGGUUUAUUCCACAUGACAACAUGGCCGGGCAUCCAGCGGGUAAGUUCCUGAGGACGAACCUGGGUGUUCCCAUCCUGGUACGGCGUGCCAGUCUGGAGGAUUAUGUGCUGUAUAUGAAGAGGGGACCUGCUAUCGCCUAUCCAAAGGAUGCAGCAGCCAUGCUGAUGAUGAUGGAUGUGACGGAGGGCGACUGUGUGCUAGAGUCAGGUUCUGGAUCAGGGGCCAUGUCUUUGAUCCUGUCCCGAGCAGUUGGAUCUAAGGGCAGCGUGCUGAGCGUGGAGGUCAGGGAGGAUCAUCUCAAGAGAACCAUGUUGAACUAUAACCGCUGGAGGACAUCAUGGAGUCUGCGACGGGGAGAGGAGUGGCCUGACAACGUUCAGUUUCACAACGCUGACCUGUGCACCUCUUCCUCGCUCCUCACUGGUUGGGGAUUCAACUCGAUUGCUCUUGACAUGAUAAACCCUCACCUGGUUUUACCCACGGUGAUUCCACAUCUGCACCCGGGAGCUGUAUGUGCCGUCUACCUUGCCAAUAUAACGCAGGUCACUGAAUUGCUGGACGGUGUCCGAUGUUUGGCGCUGCCGCUGCUGUGUGAAAAGAUCAUCGAGGUUCCAGUUCGACACUGGUUGGUGGCUCCGGCCGUGCAGAAGGACGGGCAGUACUGCGUCCGGAAAGUUCCAAUUCUGGAUGAAGAUCACAGUGAAGAAGAGAAGGAGGAGAAAGAGGCAGCAUAUGAAACAAACAAAGUUGGAGUAUAUGCUUCAGAAGGGUUGAGCGCACAUGGACAUCCACCAUUCGGGAGCAUUCCUUACAUUGCCAGACCUCACCCUGAACAAAUGAGCCACUCAGCCUUCCUGGUGAAACUGAGGAAGUAUGUUCAGUAGCUGCUCAAGCCUUAAAGGAACCCUGGACAUAUCAAAUGUGUAGAAUACAUUAUUGUUUUCCUGCUGUAAAUAAUAUGAGAAAUAAAACAAAAACCUGAUGUUGCAA